CUCGGCUUCACAGUGAUGAAUGCGCCCGUCGGAGCACUCUUCAUCACGUCUGAUUGCGACUGACUUCGUUUCGCAUCUCGUCGUGACUGCGUGAGGCCUUCCUGACUCGUGAACUGGCUCGUGACUCUCGCGGCUCCUCUAUCGGUCCCUGUAUCGCUGUCCGCGGCGCACAGCCUCUUAUUGUGACGAAGAACGAGGCGUCAUCAGUUGAAUCAGCUCUCUCAUCGCAGCAAGGCGGCCUGGCAGCCAACACCAGACACCGAAUGCCACGACAAAUGCCGGCGCUCAUCCCUUGUUCCAUUCCUAGCAGUCGGUGAUGAUGCAGACCAGCAGCAGUGAACCGUCUGCAGCAGCAGCGACCCGGUGCGUCCAUCGCCUUCACAGUGUGCAGCACAUGGACUGGCAUGGCGAGAUGAUGGUGAGACGACCGCAGGGAGGGGGUGGAGGGGGGAACAGCGUCAUAGCUAUCGUACCACUGGCUAAUCCCAUCGUCGAAUUGUACCAGGUCUGUCUGCAUUUGACGCACCCAUCAUCCACCAUCGUGUGUCUGUGUCUGUCUGUCAUUCAUGUGCUUAUGGGUGUGCUGACUGCAGCCAUCGAGCAGUGACGGUGGUGGUGGGUGGGCUCGUGUGGACUCUCCGCAGGCGGACCGACCGGCCGGCGCGUGGCUACGGUUCUCCGCGAAUAUCAACUACGCUCCCCUCCACUGCACGCAAUUCACUCUCAAGGUACAUACACCACACCACCGCAAUGCUCGCCCAGCAUAUCACAUAACAAUGCCUCCAUUGUGCAUUGCAGGCCCGUCACCGCGACAGCCGGUCGCCCACGACCGACAUUGAGAAGGUCCGAUGGUCCGUGGUGUUUCAGUCGCGCGAGUCGCACAGCUUCAUCCCGUCCAACGACACACCCGCAAAGAAGUGGCAGGCCUUCGGACCGGGCGGUGACCAUGUGAUGGUCGGGCUGGCGGACGGGAGCGUGUAUGCGCUGGCGAUGGUGGUGGUCGAUAAUGGCAGAACUGACGGUAAGUGGGGAACAAAGAAAACAAACAAACGAGGAAGAAAGGGAGAGUGUGUCUGUUCCUUCCUGUGUGUCUGUGUGCGGUCCAGGGUUGUUUUGCGCGGCCGGCAUGUUUUCCCGUUCGUGUGUGUCCCUCACCCCUCCACCCCGGCUGCCCGCGCCUCUCUGUACCUCACACUCACACCCUCAGCACAGCGAGCGGCGGUUGACCAACGAGACGGCAGCGCGCCACCGGCCAUCGACGCCAUGCAGUGGGGGCGGGGCGACGUGGCGACCACUCGAGGCCAAAUCGGCGUCGUAUGACCUCGGCAUGAAGGAGAAGGGCAGCGGCGCCCCGCAGGCGUCCAUGCCGCCGUCUCUGCCCAUCACGCCUGCUCGUGAGCGUGCCGUGGCGCCCUCACAGGGCUCCACGGAUUCCACCCCGGCGAGAUCGAUGUGUUGGCGGACUGACCGAGAGAGGGACCCACACGCCGCACACACAGCCCCCCACCCCCACCCCUGUCAAGGCAAGAGAGUGCAGCGGGGCGCUCAUAACGACCCCAAGCACCACCGGCACAGCCUCUCGGCCACCACGACGUCGACCAGCGCUUCCACGCCCACCAGUGGGGAGAUGUCGCCUGACGCGCAGAUGUCUACGAAGGAGGCCGGGGGACGCAAUGGCAAGACCAGCACGAACACGACGGUGGUGCCACCGACCGCAUCUGAGGGCAGGGGUGGUGGUGGUGGUGACACGGGCACCAGUGAACAGCAGCAGCAGCCGGCACACGGCCAGGCGCAAGACGACUGCUCCCCUGCAUCAGCAGCAUCGCCGGCGUCGGCUCCCGCGAUGCAACACGGCAAUGGCGACGGCAGCCCUUGCCCGUCCCCCUUUCCCUCAGCCAGACAUCCUCAUGACUACUAUGCCUAUGGCCAUGGAGACUAUCCCAAUCGCAAUGGGCCACGCCGCCCGCACACCCACCAACGCGUCCAGUAUCCGUCGAGGGGCGGCAGACGGGGGAGUGGGCGGGGUGGGCGCGGCUACUAUGAGAGUCGGGGCUUCGAUCGCGAGCAUCAUCACCGCGACCAUCAGCAUCAGCACCAUCACCAUCACACCAUGAGCGAGCACCGCCAUCGACAGCAGCAGGAGAGGGGCCCGCAGGUGGCUCUCGAAACGCUUGAUACGGCAGUUGUGAUGGAUCCGCACACAGCCCACCCCCGCCCCUUCUUCCCCUCCCUCAAUCACAUUGACGAGACCGCCCAGCGGCAGCAGAGAGAGAUGGAGGCGCUGGGGCUGCUUGCCCACGCCAAUGGCGCUCACGAGCUGUCUCUGGGCCUCAUCGGCCGGGGAGGCAUCCUGCCGCUUCCACACGGCGGCGUUGGUGAGAUGCCGGCUGCUGCGGCGGCGGCGUCGGCUGCUGCUGGACGAGGCGCGACCCUGUUGCCGAUGUCUCCUUCCCCCUCUCCCUCCCCCCCUCUCGGAGCACAUCAUGACAACGGAGGACUGAGUUUCUUCGGCACUGCGGCCUACGGACAGCACAUGCUGGGGUACCAGCAACUGGUCGCCAGCCUCUCACAGGCGGCGCACCCACAGCGGCAGCACGCACAGCCCCCGCCCCCCGGACCCACUCUGGCAUCUCCCCAGCAGCAGCAGUCGGCGCAGGCCCUCACUGUGUACCCCAAGACACAAGGGCAGACACACGAGCCGCUUUCCCAUGGCUAUCCGAGCCUAUUGGGCAGCCCUGCCACCGACUCGCCCAGCAGCCAGUCACCGUCGCCCUCUCUGUCAUCGUCUCGCCCCCAUGUGCCAUUCGGCCAGCCGCCCCCGCCCCCCGAGCCAGCCACCACCACCACCACCAGCCCCUCUCAGCACCACCAUCAACAGCAGCAGGGCAACAUCGUGAUUAUGCGGUGCCCUGAGCAGGCUUCGCCACGGGCAUGGAAGACCCACCAGGGCGGGGGCGUCCAGCCACACGCGGCUGCUGUCAGUGGGCGUCGCGCAGUGCCUCGCAUCGCUCUGUCUGCAGCAACUGGUGCUGAUGCCAUUGACGCGUGCUUCACGUCUCGCAGCCAGCAGCUGCCGCCCUCGUCGCUCUCGCCGUCUUUCUCUCAGCACCAUCUGCUGGUGACCACUCCCCGACACGGCCACAGCCCUGACAACGACUCAAUCCGCUCAAUGCCACCCCGGGCCAACAACGGCAGACGCCCACACCACCACCAGCACCACCACCACCACUCGCACCACCACAGUCACCACAGGCGGCCCUGCGUGGUGCCCAAGUACACGCAGACGCCUUGGGACGACAGUGGGUGCGAGAGGGAGAGGGAGGGAUGCGAGGAGCGGACGCCGACCUUCAACAUGAUGGCCUUCUUCGUCCGCACCACCCCCCACGCAAUGGUGCAGCCAGAGGCCAGAGACAACGUCGUCAAUGCGCGUGACGUGCGCUUCACCUACUCGAUGCGCGACCUCUGGAAGAGCUAUGAAGAGGCCAGCACAUACGGCGUGUCGGUGCCCUUCUGCGACUACGACGGGCGGCUGUGCGAGGCGGCGUACGUGCCGUACCUGAGCGCCAUUCAGCUGUUCCCCCGCUCAUCGGAUGUGUCCUCCCCUGCCUCUGUUUUCACCUUUGUCGAGACGGCCCCGCCGCACAACCGACGGCCUCUGUGGGCGCAGAUACGGCACCUGACGGAGGCACCUGCUGAGGGUGGGCAACAGGGGGGAGGGGGCGAUGGUGGCAGUGGGGCUCGGCUGGAGGCCACACCACUGGGCCGCUCGCUGCUCAUUGGAGACUCCGGCCAAGUCCACGAGCGAUCAUGGUGCGCACAGACAGCCACACACACACACGAGCGAGAAGAGGCGACUGCCCGUGUCCAUGCGUCCGUCAGGUUCUCUGUCCUGUGGCACCCCAUUGAGCGUCUGUUCCCGUCGACGGCCGCCGCCUCGUUCCUUCUCUACUACACGUUCGUGCCGGAGGUGCCGUCGGCCGAUCAGACGACCACCGGCCUCCCGCAGCUGCAGCGAUUUGGCGUGAUCCCCUUCAAGGCCGACUUCAGGCUGUGGGGACUCGGUGAGCCAUCGAUGGUGUGAUGGCUAGGUGCUAGGUGGGCGAGAGAUGGCCGUGUGUGCUGUGUGUGGUGUGAUCAGAUGCGGACGGCAACACGAGCGGCACCGUCGAGCACUACCGAAAGAUGAAGGUACACCAGGACCUGCCUGUGUGUCUCAUCGACAAUGGCCGUCUGUCUGUCUGGCAGGAGAAGCUGGGUCAGUUUCUGAGUGACUUCAAGUGUUGCCAUCAUGACUUCGAGUUCGUCGCCAAGCGGCUCAAUGUGACCUAAGCUCAUCGGCCGAUCGGUGGAUGGAUGGAUGGAGGGCACACACAAAGAGGAGAGGGAUGGGCACACAGACAGCGGAUGUGCGGAUGGGCAAGUCGAUCGCUCAGAAAGACAGACAUCAUUCGUACAGCUGACGGACAGAUCGAUGAGUGAAUGGCUGGAUCGCUCUCUUUCUUUCCCUUUCUGUAUUUGUGUGGGGUGGCGGUGGUGGAUUUGUUCAGCCAUCCACACCUCUCUGUAUGUGUGUAUAUAUGUGGGUGGGUGGGUGUGGGUGUGUCGGCUACAUUGCAUGAUUGGCAUCCGUGUGCAGUGGUCGACCAAUCAGUGAUGAGACUGAUUCAUUCACGUGAAUGGCCAUCCAUGUCUGUGAAUGUAUCAGACCUCCACACACACACCAGAUCAGCAGAAACACGAG